AAAAUAAGCCAACAACUCAUGCGUUGUGUUUUAGUUUUAUUUUGAUUGUGAAUGUGAUAAAUUAAUAUUUUAAAUUUUGUGAUUGUACUUUAAAAUUAAAAGUUGCGUAAAAUCUAUUUGUGAAGAUCCUACGCUUUAUAAAAGUGGGGCUGUCCUAUUCUGUUUUUCUAUACGAAUUGUUUCUUUCUCUGAAAAGGAGUUUUCUACACAACUUUAUUCUAGGUUGAAAGAGAAGCUAAUAACAUGAUAGAAGGAAAUAUGUUGCAUGAAUUUUCUGUAAGCAAGACUCAUGUUGGUACUAGUGGAAAACCUUAUUCUUGUAGUAUAUGUAAUAAGAGUUUUUCUCAUAAAUGUCAUUUAACUAUACAUCACCGUGUUCAUAGCGGAGAAAAACCAUAUUCUUGUAGUAUUUGCCAUAAAGAUUUUUCUCAGAAAAAUCAUUUGGAUACACACUACCUUGUUCAUGCUGGGAAAAAGCCUUUUUCUUGUAGUAUAUGUAACAGGAGUUUCACUCGAAAAUGCCAUUUAGAUAGACACUACCUUGUUCAUACUGGAGAAAAACCUUAUUCCUGUAGUAUUUGUAAUAAGAGUUACUCUCGAAAAUAUCAUCUGGAUACACAUAACCUUGUUCAUACUGGAAAUAGACCGUAUUCUUGUAGUAUAUGUUGUAAAAGUUUUUUUAGAAAAGAUCAUUUAGAUGAACACUACUUGAUUCAUACUGGUGAAAGACAAUAUUCUUGUAGUAUGUGUAAUAAGAAGUUCUCAAGGAAAACCGAAUUAACUAGACAUCACAUUGUUCAUACAGGUGAAAAGCCUUAUUCUUGUAGCAUAUGCAAUAAGAGCUUUGCAAGAAAACCUGAUUUUAGAAUGCAUCAACUUGUUCAUAUUGGAGACAAAUCUUUUUCUUGUAGUAUAUGUAAUAAGAGCUUUUCUCAGAAACAUUAUUUAACGAGGCACAAUCUUACCCAUACUGAAGAAAAACCUUUUUCUUGUAGUACAUGUAAUAAGAGUUUUGCAAUAAAAAGUUAUUUAACGAGACACAAUCUUAUCCAUACUAAAGAAAAACCUAUGUAACAUAUGCAAUAAAAGCUAUAAUUUUGGUAUGUGCAAUAAAAUUACUGAACAAAAAUUGUUUAACAAGGCAGAAUCUAAAGGCCAUACUAAAGAAAAGUUGUAUAAUGUGUAAUAAAAGUUUCGCUCUAAAACAUUUUUUGUCAAAGCCCAAUUUGAUCCAUGCUGAGGAAAAAUCUUGUUACAGUUUAUGAGCGCUGCUUAAAUGUUUUUCUGAGAAAAACAAGUAAGUUUUUAUAAAUCUAGCUGAUUCAUGUUUGUAAGCAAACAUAAUUAGAAUUAAUAACAAGUUUUUCAUGAAUUUCUCACAAGUUAUUUCAUUGAAACUAUAAAAAAUAAGUAUCUGAAUGUUUGCAAAAAUUUCUUUCUCCUAGAAAAGGUUUUAAUCAGUCCAUUUAGUACAUAUUGAAUGAAGAUAACAGUUAAGGUUAAAAAUUUGAGAUCUUCAUUUAUCUUGCCAAGAAUCACAUAACCAUUUGAGCUAUGCAAUCGUGGCAGGGAAGCGGAUAAAUUACAGACUAGAGAUGUAACGAAUAUUUGUUAUUUGGCCUUUUUUAUCGAAUGUUAGGCCAAAUAUUCCAGAUUAUGUUUUUUUUUUUUUUUUAAAGCAUUUUUUGACAAAACUUGUUUGUAAUGUGAGCAGAUUUAUUAUUCUAAAAGUCAUAUUUUUUACUAUACAUUAUUAGAGAUAGUUUUUAUACAUAUUUAUUAAGCUCUAAAACUUGCAAAUUUCUGUUCUGAAAGACACAUAGCAAAUUGAAAUUUGAAGAAUUGAAACUUAUACUUACCUUCAAGUUUUGUAAUUUCUGAUUUUUUUUAAAAAUUAUUUUCAGGCAAGUAAAUUUUUUUUUUUUUUAAAUACUUUUUGAUUUGAAAAUGAAAAACGUUUUUUGUUUUUGCUUUUUUAUUUAUAUAUUAGUAUGACAUUUUAAUGAAGCGUUUCGAAUAGAUUUUAUUCUUUUAUUGUUGCUUUUUUCCUGUACGAUAUGACAGAUAACCAGUAACAAUGAAAACUAUGAACAAUUUUUUUUCUAUAUUUCUCCUUUUUUUUCAUUAACUUUUUUUAUCAGUGUUUUUAUUAUGACAGCAUUUUUGAAAAGCGAGGUGAAAAGGUUAAAUUGAGAUUUUUGGCUUUCAAUUUUUCAUUUAAAAAUUAAAAACGAUUUUUGUUUCAGUUUUUCUCUAGCUUUUUCUUUUUUAAAAGGCUGUGUUUUUAUCGACGUUUUUAUUAUGAGGUGGCCAUUGAGAAUGUUUUGUUAGAGAAUUAGGAUCGACUUUUUUUUUUUCUUUCUUUUUUGUAUGUAAUCUUUUGUUUUUAUGGGCGAUUAUGUAAUAGCGAAAUUCUCUAUUACAUAAUCGCUCUAUUACGAAUCUUUAAUUCUCUGUAACGCGACGUUUUUAAAAGCGUUUCUGAUAGGCUAAAGUUCUUUCAACGUUUUAUGGUUACUUUUUUUUUCGAAAAAUUCUUUCAGCAUUGAAGUUUUGCUUCAAGAAUCAAGAGGAGUUUUUUCUAUUUCUCUCUUUUUUUUUCAACUCUACAACUUCAGUUUUUUUUUUAAAAAUAUAUAAAUAUAGCUGUUAGACAGUUCUUUAUUUAUCUUUAAUAUUUCUCAUGGAUAACUAUUAUAGGUUUUUUCCCUUCAGUUCAUACCAAUGAUAAAGCUAAUUUCCAGUAAUGACUAAUUUAUUUAUGUAGAAAAAAUUAAAAAAUUUAUUAUGAUUUUUUAAAAAAAAUAUUACUAAUCAGUCAUCGAAUAUUCGAUAUUCAACCAAAUCACUAUUCGUUACAUCCCUAUUAUAGACUAUGUUGUUAUACAAAUUAUUGAAUAGUUUUAACUUCCUCUUUGGAAGCCUGCUUGCAUGAACUUCUCAAAUGUUUAUUUGACUCGCUUUUACUUCCCUGUGUUGCAUUCAAUUUAUCCAAACAUAUCUUUUGUGGUGAGAAAAUUGUCAAUUGCACUGCCAAAUAAAGGUACAUAUUUGGGUUACAGGCAAAGCUAAACUUUUUUUUAAAUUUCUGAGUAAAUAAAAUAUCAGUUGAUUAAGCUACAUGUAAACAUGUUUUAUGCUUUUAUUUUAUCUGUCCCUAAUUGCCUAUUUUACCUAUAAUAUUAUGCUGUAUAACUUUCAAUCGUCUUUUGAUGUUUUAAUUGUUUAAGUAUUUUCAACCGAGUUUCACGUCACUUUUUUAUUUAUCAUAGCUUUUUUUUUCUGAAGUAACAGGGUUUGCAAGAGUCGACCCUCCCCCUUUUUUUUAAAUGGUAAUGAUUUUUGAAAUCUGUAACUAAAUUUGUAUCCUUCCAAAAACCAUUUAAUAUUUCGGUAGUUUUUAUGAAAUUAUUUUGUUAUAUGGAAUAACAAUGAGUAAAUAUUGGAAAAUCAAAAAAAUUUUGUGUUUUUCGAUAGCAAUAAAUUAGAGAAAAUACGAAAAAGAUAUGUGUUUGUAAAUAAUGCAUAUGUAUUUCUUAUCAACUUUCAAAAUAACUAAAUUCUAGAAUAAAGAAUUGUUUCCCUGA